AUGGAGUUUGACAUCCUUAUGGGUCGUGAGGCACCGCUCACGUCGAUUCAAAAGGAGGAAAAGAUUCGACACGAGGCGCAACGUCUGGAGGAUGAGGAAAUCAAUCACUUCAUCCAAGUCGGAGGCAACCGGUACGGAGACUUGGUUUUUAUCUCUGCUUUCUUGAUCAUGGUUGUCGUAUACUCUGAUCAAGCCAAAGUCGUCGUCACUGGGACGAAGAACGCAUUCUUUAGCCUCGAGCCCGCGCAACAAGCUUUCAUUUUAUUGCUCUCCUCGGACGUCCUCGUCGGCUAUCACUCCGCCGACGCGUGGCAAACGCUUUUGCGUAGCAUUGGCGGUCACUACGGCGUGAAGGAACAAGAAGAACUCAUUUCGCUCUUCGUUGCCUUCGUGCCGGUCUCCGUGGACGUAUUAUUUAAAUUCUGGGUGUUCAAAUAUCUUCGUCGUCUCGCGCCGUCGACCCAGGUGAUUUUGGAAGACAUCGACAGGCACUAG